CGAGUUGACAAAGAGCAGCGAGAUUUCUCACGUUCUUUGUUUCGGAGAUUAAAUACAACACUCAAAUCUCUAGCUUCCAGUCAACAAACCGAAAAACACAGGACACGCACACUUCGUACUACUGUUCGCAACAUAAAACCAAGAGAUUAUGGCUGCCGAGUGCUGCUCCUGUGAACGUAUGAAUGAAACAAAACAUCUAAUGUGAUUGGCUAAGAAACUCCAUGCUGCUCGUGACGUUUGAAUGAGAUCUUGAGUACGAAAAAUGUCCACAGGAAAGUAAAUACUAGUUAUCUUCAUCAAAGUGAACGAUGACAUAUCAGACCAUUAAAAAUAUUUAUUUGAUUUAUUUCAUAACCUAUAAACGUACUACGUAAGGAAUAGCACGUCUUCAGUAGAUUAGUUUCAUUCACGUAGUCUUCUCGCCUUCUCUGCGCCAUAUUGGUCGGGGCAGCUGAUAAAACAACCUACACAAGAACCUGAAGUUGAUCCCAUCAAUUUGCAGCAAUAGCUGCUUAGCACCAUUAGAAUCGCAAUAUCUUAAAUGAAAAUGUACAAACGUUAUGUUGACCAUUAAUAAAAAUGUAGGUAUAAUCUGAAAGUAAAAUUCUCUGAAAUCCUUUCCUAAUCAUUUAUUUAUGGGUUUUCUUGAAAUGUACACACAAAUAUAUAAAAUUCAUAUUUAUCUUACAAUAGACAAGUAGGACAUUCUAGUCUCAUACUUUCAUUUUUGUGGCUCACAGCUUGCCAGUUCAUCACAAUUUCUGAAUGUACAAGUACUAAGAAAAAUGUAGGGCCAACAACUCUUUACAGAUAAGAAUUUUACAACCUCUUUUGAUCUCUACCAACACAAUUCUGGUGUCAAGAAAUACAUUAACUCUUAAUGCAUUAAUUUCAAAUAUUUUUAGACUUUUCAAGUGUAGUAAUGUCCAACUUUGGGAAAGAUGUUACACGAAAAUCACUCUAUAUAUUACUAUUUGUAAUAUGUGUGUCCCAUGUUGUAAUUUCCUGCAUGUAAAACACCACGCCUAAAUGAAGCCAUGAGCAAAAUUCAAAUAGCAUGUUUCACAGCCAGAGUAACACCUCCUUUCUCUGCUAAACAGUGAAAGGAGCGUAGCAGAAUUUGCAUGGUCAGGAAAAAUAGAACCUCACCACAGAAAAUAAGGCAUUGAUUUGUAUUCUUGCACCUUGUAAUGAUAAUACAUUAAUGAAGAGGUUCUCCCAACAAUUACAAUAUUAUAAAUGUGAAUUUAUUCAGUUGCAGUUUAGACAAAAUGAGACACUAGAAUUUGAUAAUUUGAAUAGCAUUGUUUAGUGAAAUCAACAACUGCACACAAUCCAUUUCUACUUGCUACCUAGUGUAAGUCAGAAAAAAUUAAGCUCUUUCCUUCAUUACAAGCAAUGGUUAUGAUGCAUCAAAAUUCUGAUUAGUAAUAGCAAUUAACAAUAGUACACUAUUUGCAUAAUGCUUAGUUUGGGAGUCCUUUGUGCCUCAGGCAAAAUGAAGCCUUACAGACUUUAAAAAUUGUUAGGGACAGAACAGCAAUGUGCGAUGGUCGUGAUGUAAGCAAUGCAGUAAACCCUGUCAAAGGCUGAAAUCUGCACAAGAGAAAAGUUUCAGAAUUAGCUAUUUUCCAAUGCAAAGUACACUGGAUAAGCCAGAUACCUGCCCAAUGCAGAAACUGAAAGGAAUUUU